AGUCACGUGAAAGAAAUGUCUGAAUAACUGCAGCUGCAUGUAUUAACUACAGGAGCCAAAAGUGGUAGAGUCCAUGUUUGUUUAGAAAAACAAAGUGUAAUUGGAAAUACUUUUUUUUGUUGUUAAUUUCGAGAAGAAUUUGUCAAUUCCAAUUUUCAUUAAGAUUCAUAAUAGUUAAUGAAUCUAUAACGGACGUACUUAUGUUUUAUUUUUAGCACACUAGUUUCGCUUUAUUGAUGGGAACUCUACUAGUAUCCUGUAACAGUUCCUUAAAGUAGCCUUCUCUAACAACACUAUCCAGCUGUUUACAUAAUACUAGUGUAAACUGUGAAAGCUUUUCUUUCAAAGAAGAUCUGCUCUAUAGAAAUACGAAAUGGCAUCCGAGUCUGGAGAGGAAGACAAUUCAGAUCCAUCAUUCCAUCUUGGUGCAGUGAUGAUGGACCAUUGUUAUUCUGUACUUCAUGAGGAAUAUAUGAGACGCUUUAGACUGACUGAAGAAAGUGAAAGCCCUAAAGAGGAAGAAUGUGAUAAAUCUGUCGAGAAAUUAGCCCCACUACCUGGAUCAUCAUCUGAGCAGCAAGUUAAGGGAACUGAUACUGAUGAACAAACAGUAUUAUCUCCUCACAAUGAAGAGUCAGAAAAGCAGCUAAAGAAUGAUGCUGAUGAGUUCCUUACUGAACAAACAAGAGAUGAAGAAAAUUUAGAUGAUACUGAAAGUAAGGAAGAUGUUCAUGAAAAGAAAAAUGAAACAGAAGGCUUUCUUGAAGUACCUAUUCAAACAAGAAGGCAGAAGAAGAAACUUGAAGAGAUUAUGACUGGAAAUUUAUCACCUGAAAAAUUGGGGAAGGAUGGCUUCUGUAAGACGGCGGAAGCAGAUGGAGCCAAGUUGCACUCGUCCAAUAAAGAAACUAGACCUGAUUUAGCUAAAAAUCAAGAAGAAAUUUCCCAUGAAUUGCCUACGACACCUAAAAAACGAGGUCGACCCAGAAAAAAUACUGUCACCAAUCAAAAGGAGAGUGAAGAGAAAACGGACUUAAAGGAAGAUAAGACAAUGCCUAAUUCUGCAGAGACACCCUCACCACGUAAAAGAGGAAGACCAAGAAAAUCGUCACUUCAGUUAACUGUUUGUGAACAAACUACUGUUGUACCAGACAAAAAAACACAAAUGCCAAGUGACGCACCAACUCCUAUAAAAAAAGAAAGCCAAGAGGAAAAAUAUGAAUGUCAAAGUGAAGUUGAAAAACUAACUGAAACAAAAGAAUUAAAACAAGAGGAUGAAGUGUCAUCUAAAAAAUUAGAACAGAAAAAUAAAAAUCUGUCUUCUAAACCAAUUGAUGGUAAGAAGAUGAGUGAAAGCAUGCAUGUGGAAGAAUAUGAGAAUGAAGAUGACACAACUAAAGUUUGUUUUAAACAUCAAACCACAAAAUCUAAAACAAAGCACCAAAAAAGGGUGGAUAAAAAGGACACAAAAUCCGGUGACAAAGAUAGCACAAGAAAAGAAGAAAGUAAAACAGAGAAGAAACAGAAAGAACAAACAGCUGAAAGUGGUCAGUCGAAGACAAAAACGACAAAAAGGAAAGUUUUGAGAAGAGAGUCUCGAACUCUGUCACUUGAAGCCUUAUCUGUUGAACCAUCCUUGUUUAGCAAUCCAGAUGUAAUGAUUAAAGAUAGUGUAGGAGCUCAUACUGAAAACCAGUCAGAACCUGAUACAAAAUUACAAACUAUGCCUAAAAUACCAUUAUCAACAAAAAAGGAAGAUUCUGAGAAGUCUCAUGAUAAUACCAAACUCACUUGCCAGGCUGAUGACAAAGAUGAAGAUUCUGUGACACAGUCUUUGAAGGACAGAGAUAUUCUAGAAAGUAGGACUAAUCUACAGGAAAGUGAACCUCCUAGUUUGGAUAAAAAUCAAGAUCCAUGUGAGAGUAAGUCUAUAGAGGACAGCAGCAGUCGUCAGUUGAGGUCUACACUUGAGAAAAAACCAUCAGUUGAGAGUAAAAAAGAUACAGAGAAAGUGGAAACUGAUUUAAAGGAUGAUAAAGACAAUGAAAAAAAUACCCAGGAAUGUGAAAAAGAAUAUUCCAAGGAAGACCGAAAAGUUGCAAAUGACGACGAAAGUGGCCUUGAUGACAGUGAAGAAUCUAGCGAUGAUGACCCUGAUAGGCUGUGGUGUAUCUGUAGAAAACCUCAUAAUGGAAGGUUUAUGAUUGGCUGUGAUGGCUGUGAGGAGUGGUUUCAUGGAUCAUGUGUUGGAAUUACACGUCAGAAAGGGCAACUGAUGGAAAAGGAAGAAAUAGAAUGGCUGUGUCCAAAAUGUAAAGAAG